AGAUUUAAAACAAGAAUGUAAGGACGCGUGUCGUUAUACAUGACGCAAAUUACAGGAAAACCAAAGUUUUGUUUUAUCAACACUGGAAGCAGCUUUCAAGAUGUAAACUAUUGCAUUUCGGGUUUAAAAUGUUUUCGAUGGCCAAGCCACAUGCGGUGCAAAAAAAAUGCUGGGAAUCGUCGGGAAGAACAGACGACACCUAAAAAGUCUUUCAAUUCUAAUAAUCAAAUCUUCACCAAGCAAUUAUCUCUGUAUAUUGAUUUGAAUGCAGAAUCCAAUUCACCAUUUACAUCAACCGUCGUUACACGCCCGUACAGUGCAUAUGAGCUGCGCAGUAAACAAUUUGCGAAGCGAUAUUCAAGUAAAACGAUAAAGCAUUCAAUCUAUAAAAAAGAAAAAACAUGUGAUUUAUUGUCAGCACAUUCUGCAAAUAAUGUUGAAAAGAAGGAAAAGAUAAAUCGUUCAACGUUGACCUGCUCUGAAGAAAGCAAGCAAGAAGGAGAUACGAAGGUGCGAAAAGUAAACUCACAGGCCAAAAAGAGUUACCCCAAACCGGCAUACUGCAAAGGAAGGAAGCAGGAGGGAGAACUAAAUGAGCAAAAAAAUAUUAUAAAGAACGUACAAAAACCUUUAUCUAACUCGAAAUCUAUUACCAAAGAACCUUCUGUGCCUAUCUUAACCAGUUACAAAAGCAUUUAUCAUCAUUAUAAGCAUCUCUUAGGUGAAUUUAUGACUGCGAAGGAGAUAGAAAGGUUAGAUCACGACAAAGGAGAGUACGAAAGAGACAUCAAGUCGCGUGUAAACAAAUACAAUGCCAAUCGGGCAGAAAGUGCAGUUUUGAAUGGAACCCAUUCUCAUCAUUUAACACAUGGAUGUUAUUUGGAAAGUAACUUAGUAAAAAUGGAAUCCACGGAUUCACUAGCUGUUUUACCCAUGAGACUUGGCCUGCGUACGUUCUCUGAUGUCCUGCAGUCCUUACCCAAACCUUUCGAAUAUAGAAAGGAAGGAACCAUCGAAGAAAGCCCAAGUAAAAAAAAAUUGGAAACGAAGAAAAAGGCGCAUUUUCGACGUUUUUACGCCCCUGCGAUCCCUGCCAAAGUAAAAAUUUUGCAGCCUAUGCCAGCUGUAGAGUUCUGGUCAAGAGAUACUCUCCAUAUAACGAAACCCCAAGGGGAAUGGAAAAAAGUUCGUUAUAUCGAAAGAAUAUUUUGUGAACGCGUGUUUUUAAAGCAUAGUAAAAAAGCUUCAUCAAGAUUUGAACGUCGAAUGUUUUGGAUGACAUUGCAUUGCGUUUUCUUUAUUCUGUACGUAAAGUGCUAUCUACGCGGUGUUAAAAUGUUGAAAACAUUGCGUGUGUUUUGGUUUUGUUUGUCGCAUUUUGUAGCAUUUGAUACCUUGAGUUCGUUAUAUAGAGGUUUUAUUGGUUUAGGGGACGGAAAAUUUGAUUCGCUAAAUAGGGGGUUCGUUAUAUCGGUGGUUCGUUAUAUAGAGGGAAUUUAUAAGAGUUUCUUAAGGCAGAAUCCUAGGGGAACGAACUUUGGUUCGUUAAAUCGAGGUGUUCGUUAUGUCGGGGGUUCGUUAUAUCGAGAGUCUACUGUUAUUAUAAUUAGUUAA